AUGCCGGCCCAGCGACGUCACCACACGUUCGAAUCCGUGGAGGCGUGGCUGGAGACUUGGGGCCAUGACACCUAUGGCAAGGUUUGGCUGCCAAAGGAGGAGGUGGUGCUGGGGGAGGAAGCUGAGGUGCUGGAAGCUCUCCACAAUCGGCCAAGUGAGCUCCGCUUCUUUCAGCGAUCGGCAGUGAGAAGGCCCAUCGUGGAAAUCGCCGGCUUCAUCGCGCACAAGCUGUCCAGAAGCGGACUGGCGGCAACUGCCGCGGACGGGCUUGAGCACGUGCCCGAUGCUUUGAAAGUUGCCAAAUCCAGCCGAGAAAACAAGCAGACCUACAAGUUCCUUUUCGAGCGUCUCGUGCACGGCGCACAGCAGUUUGCCAAGCUCGACCUUGUGACUAUGUGCCAUCAACAUUAUGCUGACCUCCACGCGGGCGAAAACCUUGCCAUGAAGCAGUUGCUCCGUGUGCUGACCGGCUGGCAGACUGGGCUCAUGUGA